AUGAGCCGGGCAGACAAACAGCAUCAUCGCGAUCACGUGGUGGGGACGGCCGGCGAUGCCUCCGUGCGGGUCUACGCCUUCGCCAACAGCCGCCCCGCCUACCGCGUCGUCUUCGCCCCGGAGGAGCCGCUGAUUGUCCUCAAGACCCGCGCCAGUGCCGGCGGCCCGCAGCACCCGUGCGCCCAGUGGGCCCCGUUCGCCGCCGUCGUCUUCCGCUGCCGGCCAAACACCACAGCGGCCGUUUACGUCGUCGACACCACACAACUCCCAGAGGCCGCCAUGCGGGAGGAAAACACCGUCGGCGGUCAUCCCAUUCACCAGCAGACGAAUCACAAUAAUGGUGGGGAUGUGAAUAGUAGUAAUAGUAGUAAGAAUGUGAAUUGUGUGGGUCCAGUGGUGCGGCGGGUGGCGAAUACAAUAGCGCGGCUCAAUCCACACAACGCCACGAUGAUUGCCGCCGGUGUGUCGGCACCAAUCGCACUGAAGUACGCCAUUGCAGGGGAGAAGCGACAUGGACACAGCGAUCGUCUCGUGCGGCGACUGCUGCUGGUUUGUCCACCGUCUCUAGAUGCACUGAAACAACUUGUGCGGCCAGACAUAUCAUCAACAACAACAACAACGGCAGAUUCACAGUCAUAUCCAAAACUGCAGCUGAUGGUGAUGCUCUCCGAUACUUCACAACUGCAGCGAUGGAAGGAUUGGUUACAAGAGACUGCCAACACUACCUCUUGGUUGGACUCGUGGAGUAUAUCUACUAAUCUACAACCAUCGCUGUUUGAGGCCGUGGCGAGAGAGGUCGGUAUUACCGCAGAUGGUACGGAAGUAAACCUGCAAACACACUAUAAGACACCGCGUGUGUUUCGUAUUGAUUUUGUCUUAAGUAAAGCUACGAAAAAAACAGAGCAAUACGUUACACUGAGUCCUCUGACUACAACAGGAUGUGAUGAAAAUGAUGAUGAUGAUGAUGAAAAUGAUGAAUAUGAGGAUAAUGAUACAGAGAGCCAUUCAGAUGUAGAGAAAGAAGACCAUGAGGGAGAAACAACAAGGAGGAAGUGUAAAGGUGAUCAUGACGGAGAAUCCUGUUGUGAUUCACAUGAAUCUCAUGAAGAUGAGGUUGGAGAAACUGUAUUUGGACUCACAACAUUACAGCAUUGCAGUCACCCAACAAAUGUGAUUGUAGAGGGUCGCCUUAUGGAUACUGAAGGGACUAUUUUAGGUACAACAGAGGGACGAGUGAUAAUACAUGGACUUCAUGAAGCUAUAAAGAUGAAUGAUACAACGAUGGGAAAACAAAAAAUAACAAAAGGAGUGGCCCUUCACGUGGAGUCUCGUCUAAAUCGAGAUGAUUCUGGAUCUACUACAUUGGAGGUAUUGAAAGUGACACCUCUCACAAAGAUGCAGGAAAGACGAUCCAUGACUAUUUGCCCAAUGAAAGAGGUACCUUUAUACAAUGUAUCUUCUAUAGCUCAUGCUUAUGGAGCACUUCUUAUUAGAGGACGUAAAUGUGUACUUGUGCGUAGUCUUGAUGGAGAAUUUGAUGGGAUGCGUUUACCAUUCCUUAUGCAUAGUGAUGCAGAAGAAUCGUGUAUGCAAUGUGCAGUUCGGGCUCUUUGUGAACGGUGUGAUAUCAGUCCUGAUAACUUUUACAUACCAAAUUUCUUUUCACCAGUCUGUUACUAUGAUAAGAAUGGACCUGAUGGAAAAGUUCUCUGUGUAACUAUUUACAUUGCAUUAGCUGUUAGUCCACCAUCAGGUGGAGCACCUGAUACGGUAGAAGAUGAUGAAAAUCCUGGAGAACCUUAUGACUGGUUUGGAUUUAAUAAAGCAAUGUCUGUUUUACAAACAGAGGCAGAACGAGAAGUACUUGUGGAUUUACAACGUGGUGUGCGUCGUGCAUAUGAUGCUACUCUGUAUAUACCAUUAAAAGGAUUUGGUGUAUUUGGUGAAACUGUCAUGGAUGUCGGAGGCCCAUCCACCGCACUGCCGUCACUAGAAGGAUUGGAAAUGAUGGUAGUGUGUGCCCCGGGUGAUGUGAAGGGAGAAACCAUGCGUCUGGUGCGGGAGUACAUCACAGAUCGUGUGGUGAGUGUAAACGAGUCUACAUCCCGUGUGGAGAUUGAGCGAGCGGCUGUGGAAACAAUGCGGGAUGGUGCUAGAAUGCUGGUGCUUUGUCUUUCCCCUGAUGUGGAUGUGAGUCUCUUUUCAGAGGAGGAGUUAACGUAUUGGUCUGAGCGGGAGGCACGACCACGCCUGGUCACACUUCUCUUCCCAGACGUUAGUGAGAUGAUAGUGCGGGAGAAUCAUCCCACCGCAGUGGCGGCAAGAGCGGCAUUUGUGUAUGCAGUGAUGUUAUCAGAUGUACUCGUCACCGUGGAUCACAGAGUGGAAAACUUCAGCCCGUCACUGUGGGGAGUACUCCGCCUUGCCAGUUCUCUCAACGCAGAUCUCGCACUCCACGCCGGUGUAAUGGCGCGGCGUUCGAUUGAAUUCCCGCAGGAAGAAGAAAUAUCGAAUGAGGCGACAUUGCGUGAAAUCUCAGUUAGACGUGUGGGCUGCCCAAUAGUGGCUUCACGACUCGCACUCUUAUUAAAAGAAGGAGGUAUGCAGUUGUUGGGAUGCCGCAACUUCCAAGAAGAAAAAGAAGAAGAGAAUUCCACACAAACACAAUGCGAUGGUGUACUCUUAUGGGCAGAGGGAGAAGUAUGGUUGGCGAGUCGUCCACACGCACGGGGCGUGUUAACACUCGAUAUCCACUCACACUGUCUCACAUUGGAAGAAGGGGAUUUGUGGGAAAGUGAAGAAGAAAAUGAGUCCACGCGGGCAAAUGAGAUCACACUACACGUAUGGGCAACCGCCACUACACACGCCGUGUUGGAGUCUACUGUUGCGGCUGCUUUAGAUGAUAUGAUGUACACCACUAUGCCCUCUAAAGUGGAGGCUGUACGUGAUGAUAAACUUCCUCAGUGGAACUAA